UGAUUGUCAAUAGUGCGUUUGUAAACGUUUAAGAAAGUGUAAAACUUCGCGUGUGUGAAGAAUUGUAUAAAACAUUCUUAAUAUAAGUUUUUAUUAAUUUGUGCGUUUAAAUAAAAAUCUUCCAAUAUGUCGUACAUGCUACCACAUUUACACAAUGGCUGGCAAGUAGAUCAGGCCAUCCUAUCCGAGGAAGAUCGCGUAGUAGUUAUUCGUUUUGGCCACGAUUGGGACCCCGCUUGCAUGAAAAUGGACGAAGUCAUGUACAGCAUAGCGGAGAAAGUGAAAAAUUUUGCUGUAAUUUACUUGGUCGACAUCACUGAGGUGCCCGACUUUAACAAGAUGUAUGAAUUAUACGAUCCAUGCACCGUAAUGUUUUUCUUCCGCAACAAACAUAUCAUGAUUGAUUUGGGCACUGGUAAUAACAACAAAAUCAAUUGGCCACUUGAAGAUAAACAGGAAAUGAUCGAUAUUGUAGAGACAGUGUAUCGUGGUGCACGAAAAGGUCGGGGUCUAGUCGUAUCGCCAAAAGACUAUUCUACAAAAUAUAGAUAUUAAAUUUAAUAUUAUAAUUAAGCCGCCCAUCAUCGCAUUUAUUGAACUCAUCUCAUCUAUCAACUAACUAGUUUUAUUUAAUUAAAAAAAUAUCAAAAAGGAAAAA